CUCUUCCAGGGCAAACAACUGCUGGAGCACUGCUGCCAGAUGGUGUGUAUAUAAAGGGGAAAAUGAGAAAAGCAAUUUACUGUCUCCCUGCUCCAGGGAGAAGUAUCGCCCAGAAGGACAGCAAAAGAGAAAAAGCACAGACCAACAAUGUUGAGGUUUGCUGUCACCCUCUUUGCUGUCAUAACGUCCUCUACCUGCAAAAAGUACAGCUGUCUGGAAGGGGAAACUCACAAACUGAAGCCAAGUCCUGAGCCAAACAUGCAGGAAUGCACUCUGUAUUCUGAAUCUUCCUGUUGCUAUGCAAACUUCACAGAGCAAUUGGCUCAUUCCCCAGUAAUUAAAAUAAACAACAGCUACUGGAACAGAUGUGGGCAGCUCAGUAAAUCCUGUGAAGAUUUCACAAAGAAAAUUGAAUGCUUUUACCGGUGUUCUCCACACGCUGCUCACUGGAUCCAUCCCAACUACACUGCUGGUAUUCAAUCUGUUCCAUUGUGUCAAAGCUUCUGUGAUGACUGGUACGAAGCCUGCAAAGAUGAUUCCGCAUGUGUUCGUAACUGGCUGAUGGACUGGGAAUGGGAUGAAAGUGGAGUAAACCACUGUAAGAAUGAAUGCAUCCCGUACAGUGAGAUGUAUGUAAAUGGGACCGACAUGUGCCAGAGUAUGUGGGGGGAGUCAUUUAAGGUGAGCGAAUCCUCCUGCCUCUGCUUGCAAAUGAACAAGAAGGACAUGAUGGCAAUCAAGUAUCUCCUCUCCGAAAGCUCAGAGGAAAGCUCCAGUGUGAGCAGCAGUGAGGAGCGUGCCUGCCAAAAGAAACUCCUGAAGUUUGAGAAACUAAAGGAAGAGGAAGGGGGGGAGACAAGAUGAAUGUUGGUGUGUGUGUGUCAGGAGGAGAGAAAUCAUUGUGGAGGCCAGGCUCAGGGCAUCAUGCCAGCCUGUCUUAUCCCUUAUUUCCGAGAACAUAAUAAAUCAAUGGUUGGUUAUAUUAA